GCAGCUACCUAGACAGACGUCGAAACGGUGGCCGGUAUUGCCAGUGUUUUUACCUUUUUAGUGACACGCUUUUUGUUUUUUUUAACUUGCCUAUGGCACAACACGAAGUUCGCCAUUCGGUAGUCAGUUUUUAAACGGGAUGAAAAGGCUCAAGAGGAAGAAACAAAACGCCGGGGUUGGGGUGAAUGGGAAUGGAUCUGUUACAAGAGAACCAGACUGUGGGAGGAAACAGAAGUUGGCUGAGAUCCAUCAGGCUUUGAUCAGUGAUCCAGUGGACAUUGAGACCCUGAGGAGAGCAGCAUCCAGUAAAGGAGGACUGCUUACUGACGAAAUGAGGAGGAAAGUCUGGCCCAAAUUAUUGAACAUCAAUGUGUAUGAUCUACCACAUAAACCUGGUCGAGAUAUGAGGGAGAACCACAAGGACUACAACCAGGUACUCCUGGAUGUCAGGAGGUCCAUGAAGCGGUUCCCUAAAGGUAUGCCAGCCACAGAGAGAGUCGUGCUUCAGGAGCAGCUGAUUGACAUCAUACUGGAGGUUUUGAAACGCAACCCUAAGCUCCAUUACUACCAGGGCUACCAUGAUGUGGCUGUCACUCUGCUGCUGGUAGUUGGGGAGCGAAUGGCCAUCGCUAUGUUGGACACACUCUCCAAUUAUCACCUCAGGGAUUUCAUGGAUCCUACCAUGGACCGCACUAAACACAUUUUAAACUACCUGAUGCCUAUACUAGAACAAGUCAAUACAGAACUAUAUGACUUCAUGAUCAGAGCGGAGGUGGGAACCAUCUUUGCAUUGUCCUGGCUCAUCACAUGGUAUGGCCACGUCCUGUCAGAGUUCAAACACACCCUCAGACUCUACGACUUCUUCCUGGCUUCACAUCCACUGAUGCCUAUCUAUCUGGCUGCUACGAUUGUGUUGCACAGAGAGAAGGAGGUGAUUCAGACAGAGUGUGACAUGGCCAUGGUCCACCACCUCCUCUCCCGCAUCCCUCAGGACCUCCCAUAUGAACUUCUGAUCGCUCAGUCCCAAGACCUGUUCAACCAGUACCCUCCAUCAUUACUGGCUAAGCGGGCAGCACUGCAGUCUCGCAAGAGUCUGUCCAUCAGCACCUUCCAGGCGUUUCAGCUCUCCACCCUCCACCAGAGGCCAGACUCUGUUCUCCAACGCCUCAACAAGGCCCAGGGCUCCACCACCUCCAGACAUGGCCUGGAAGCAGCUUUGCCCCGGGACCGAGGCCAACUGUGGGGGAAGGGGAACAGGAUGGUGAAGAUGGCUGUGUGGGGGCUGUCUGCUACGCUCGGAGCGGCUGUGUUCGCUGUUGCUCAGACAGCCAUGGACUGGGGACCUGAGGUGUUACUACAACUGUUCUGAUGUGGCGGGGGGGUAGACUGUUAGACACACACACUGACACAAUCAUGGUGACAGCAGACACACAUCUGCUCUCGCGAUGGAUCGACAAUAUACAAACAUACAGUCACAAACACAGACGUUGAAGACUUGACGCUCGUCUCGGGCUCAGACGGGACGGUAGAGAAAAGCAGGAGGUCAGUUAUCUUGGUGCCAAACAGGUUGUUGCUACUCAACCACAAGGAACAUAUUUUAACCACUAGUCAGCCUCAGGAUGAGUGUGCAUGUGUGUGAGCGGGUGUAUGUGUGUUAUAUGUUUCUGAGCAUGUACGCCAGACCUCAUACCACAUGUCAGCAUGGAUGAAUGACGGGCCUUUUGGGCACAGGCCUAGGGGCCCAAGUGGUAAUGAGGCUCCAGGGCCACAGCCUCUGUUUCAAGCGACUGGUGACAUUUCUCAAUGGAAAAUAAAUCAGACGGCCACCAAAAACUUUGGAGAAGAGCUAUUAAGAAUUACUAAGGAUGGGAGGAGGCCUUUUAUACUUUUGUGCCCAGGGGCCCGUUGCCUCAUAAUCUGUCCAUGCAUGUGAGACAAUAACACAUCUUGCUCUUUCAGGCUGAUGCUCACACGUUACCGGUGUCGUACCCUUUUACAUACGCCUCUGUGUGCUUCCUCUUAGCCGAUGAUUUUGCUGAUAACUCGUUUUUAGACGAUCACGCUUGAUUCCUUGCGUUUCUUUUGAAAGUGUUUUCCUGUGGUCGGUGGAUCAGCAGCCAUAUCUGAGAGGCAAUUGUACCGGUAGCCAGCACGAUGACACAUGAAUGCAAAUAAUUUAAGAGUGGCCUGUUCAGCUGAAAGCUUCCAGUUAUGAGCAAAGAAGGAGAGCGGGAGAGAAAGAGGAAGUGAUGGAGGGAGAGAUUUUGCCCGUGAGCCUUUUAUUAAUUGCUUUACUCUAUGUGUCAAUGUGUUACAUCUACAGUUUUGUUUGACACACACUUCACACAGUUAGCAUGCAGCACUAAAUACAAGCUGUAGGCCUUUUGCAGAUGCAUUUUGCAGGAGGUAUUGAAAUCCAUAUUUUUUUAAUGUUGUUUUUAUAUUUUCUGUAGCAGUUCUCUAGCUGUCUGGCCCACCACUGCUGAAAGAAUAUGGGGAAGACACCCGUACUUUUACAUUCGUAAAAUAUUUAACAGGUUUGCGCCAACAUCCACCCUGAACAACCGUCAGCAGAGCUACAGUACGUUGACUCAGUUCUUCUUCAAUAUCAUAUUUCUCUUCAUAAUUUUACUGAUGUGCUUUGAAAUUAUUUUACGAUUUGAGGACAGUCUGAGUGAUUGUUUUCAUAUAUGAGACAGAAGGAAUUUUUUUUUUUUCUAUGCUUAUUAUUAGUGAAAGAAGCUUAUUACGUCCAUCUCCUCAAAAGGUAUCAUACACACUGUAGAUAUUGUUGGACCAAACGUAAUCACAGAGUUUCAUAACCUGAAAAGUGAAUAUUAAUAAUACAGGUUAUUUCCACCUGAGGUACAUACGUAUGUACAGAGCACGGGGGUCUCUCCAAACAGAAGUGCAUGCUCUGGUUGUCAACUUAUGUUCUGAAAUAUUUAGCAGCUUUUCCUAGUAUGUAGCCAAGCCGCUGCAUCUGUUAACACAACUUCACUGGAGUCACAACACUCUGCUUCUUCCACUUCCUCCGUUAUCAGAUAUAAAUGUGUCACAUUUUUACACAGCUGGAUGUGCAGUCUUCCCUGUUGAUUUUAGUGGCUACAGAGGGAAAAAAAAUCAACUGGUACGUAGUCCAUUGUGUACAAAACUACAUUACACAGAAGAGAAGUAGAUCAAAAGCAAACACCAGAAGAAAAUGACUUGAAGGAAAUAAAAUUGGCAAACUUUUUAGUGGGUUAGGUCAACUGCGAAUGAACUGUGUGAAUCUAGAGUGCUCCAGAAAAUUGCAUUUUUAACAACGUGUGGAGGAUUGCAGAGCUGAGUAGUUAACAAGCCUGUCAGUCAAUCAAACAGUCCGGAGUACUUGAGAGAAAGUCAAUUUGUAUGAAUUUGAUUAGUGAUAAUCAGCCAGUCAUUUUAUUAGACAGUCAAUAAAUCAAUCAGUGGCCUGUAACUCAGGUAGCCGGCUGGCCUGUAAACCAUUCAACAUCCAGUCAGUUAAUAACCUGUGCUACACUCUGACAAGUUGUAUACCAUGUUAAACAGUAUGAGUGUACGUGCACUGCGAUUAAAUGCUCUCUGUGUGUGUGUGUGUGUGUGUGUGUGUGUGUGUGUGUGUGUGUGUGUGUGUGUGUGUGUGUGUGUGUGUGUGUGUGUGUGUGUGUGAGAGAAAUGGAAAAAGUUAGCUUUAGACACAGAUCUUAGUCACAGUUUUUUUUUUUUUUUUAUAUAUUGCUUUUAUGGCAUCUUCUGUGUUUUUAUUUGUUUAUCAUUUUAGUGCUCUCUGUGUGCCUCUUUAUUAACUGUCAAAAGUCUAAUUAUUUAUUUCAAGAGCAACAAUCUGAUUGGCUAUUUAUUAAAAGGUUAAAUAUUAAUUGGAUUAUAUGAAUGUUUAAUUGAAAUUAGAUGAGAAGAUUGAUACCACCAUUGAAUGCAUAUUUCCAACACUGUUGAACUGUUCCUUUAAAUGUUUGGCUCAUAUGCCAUUUUGUAGAUUAAAAUAAUACAUUUUGCAAAGGAAACAUUUAUUGUUGUAAGUUGCAUGGUUGGCAUUGAUUUGUACCUUGCUCUAUUACCAAAACAGCUCAUUCUGCAUUGAAGUUAAAUCUGUCACCACUCGCUGUGCUUUUAAAGUGAUUGUAUGUAAUUUUGCAUCUAUGAUGCUUGGUUACAGUUGAUUCAUGCAUGUUUUUGUUUACGCUUGAUUGGCUGCCUAAUUCAUAAAUGUGCAGGGAAAACCGCUUUGACCAGGGUCUGUGAUCUUCAAACAUAAGUCCAGAUGCUACUGUGGAAUCGUAUCUGCACCAAGUAUACUCAUAUGAGGAGAGAGGGGUGGUGGUGCCAGAUCCUAAUGAGGAUUUAAUUCCUGCUCCUGGCUCUUGGCAUGCUUAAGUCAACUUUCUCCUUGUCUUUUUUUUCGCCUCCCUAACAUUCACAUUCAAACACCUACACCAACACCUGCAUUGGCCUCAGUCUGGCAGAUGCCUUAGAUGAAAAAUGAUUUUAGUAUGUUACUUGGUUUGAGCGAAACCAGUGCAAAAUGUAAAAAUUGUUGCAGGUGUUGAUUGCUUUUCAAAAGCCGACUCAAAAAUAUUUUUUGCAAGUUUCAGGGCCAUAAAAUCAAUGAAACACACCAUGUAAACUUUA